AUGCUGGCCACCAUUCCGAUCGUCGUCGUGGCAGCCGCCUUUGUGCAGACGACGUCCGCGUACUCGAGCUACAUGGAGCUCAUCCCGAACGGAGAAAACAUCGGCAAGAAGUUGGGUCAUUCGGACACGGGUUACACAGAUUUCGGCACCCUUUUCUCGGACGACGGGACCGAGUGGUCCAAGGUAUGCUCACAGACGUGGCCCGGCGGCUCGGUUACUUGCGGCGAGGCCCUGGGUGAUCCGUGUUGCACCUGGAAGUCGGGUGACCCGGACUACACACUGACGGAGCCCAACACGGACGGUACCACCUGCGCCGAGGCCACUGCCGAUACCACCGAAGCUGGUGGUUCCACGGACGACUCAACGACGCAGGCCAGCAACACGACGGACAGCACCGCCGUGACGGACUCGUCCGAGUACUGCGAAUAA